AUGGAAUACACCUCUGUGGAAAGUUCGCCGGCAAAGGGUCCUCCAGAACAGAGCCUCAUACGGUGUAUUUUACCCGAACUAGGGCGUCUCAGAUGCUCCAUGGUCACCUAUCAAGAAAGAAAACAUUCAAUGGUCUCACUACCCCUAGAUGUUGUUUUUCUCAUCGCCGAUCAGCUGAGCCCUGUUGAACGCACAAUGCUCUGGCUUACAUGCAGGGCAUUCCACCACUCUAUACCCAUGAAGGGCCAUCACCCUAUUGCUUGUCCUCGCGCACGAAUGCGGGCCAUGCGUCUCCUGUACGACUCUUCCCUCAUCCCAUACUUUGGCCAUAGCAGCAGGUUCCUAUGCCGGACGAGAAGUAGGCUAAAUGUUAAAAAAGCCGUGGAUAACAAAAAAAAGUGCUUUUUCUGCGAUUACUUCUCCAAAAUGGGCAAGAAUAUACACUGUCCAUUUCAUCCGCCAAUUGAAAAAGGCCCUCGUUCGCUCAAAUUAUUUCGCUCAGUCAAUCCUCGCGAUCGAGCACUGCAGGUCCUGACAAAUAGCCACCGUUUAACCCUGGAAACAUAUGUCAAAGGCUGCAUACCCGGGUUGGUAAACAAUUUACUUCCUCUCAGGAUCAAUUGUCUCAGGAACUAUUUGCCAGCGUCGUGGUAUGAGGAGAUUGCGGACAUGGCGAUGGUUUACCAGGCCCGGGUUCGCCGGUACAAACAUGAUAGAGAGAUCAAAGAGGCCAAAUAUUAUCAUGAGCCUACACAUUGGGCGCAGGAGAACUGGCGCAUAAAAUUCGCAGAGAUGAAUAUUUGGACUAUGUUUACAUGCAACCACUGCUUGAACGUUUUCCCAAAUAAUUCACCGAAGCAUGGCGCUUGUAUUUACUGCGGCUGCUCCGUUUGUGGUUGGUCUGAACCGAAGAUUCUUCGAGUUUGUGAUCCGGGAGACACUCCAAGUUAUAUACUUCUAGGGGCAAUCGCAAGCAUCCCUCGAUGA